AGAGAAGCACACUUACAAGAAUCAGGAACUGACUCCAGUGCAACCAAUGGUCGCUGGAGAUCCCCGAGCCUAACUCUUCCUAUGUCAUAUGCAAAACACCUAAGGAGCCCUUUAACAGCCUUCCUCCAGCCCAGCCGCCCCCCUCCUGGCAGCAUGGUGUGCUCUAUUGUAAUAUUACAUUAGUGCUGCUGCUGGCUCUCUCCUCCUCACUAUGCAAAGUGCCCCCAGCCUGGGCUCACUAUGGUGAUUGACAGCAGCCAGCCAGGGGUAAAGCUCCCUCUCUGAACUUUGUAUCACUCUCAUCAUUGCCGCUGUCUUAUUGUCUGGACGCCUACGCCCAGCAUCUGAUUUCCUCCAUCUGCCCCCCGAUGAGGAGGACAUUUGAUCGAUGUCUCGGGGCUGUCGGUGUGGCUCACGUCUGCGGAAGCGACCCAGAUACUGAGCAAAGUAGCGAGAAGUAACUCGAAGGGAGAAGAGGCGCAGACAUCUGGAUCUCACGCCAAAAGCCCCACAUUGACCCAGUCUGGGAUUUGAUGCAGAAGUCUCUUUUCUACAUGCAAGUGGCGUUUUCUUGGAGGACAUCCGUAUAAACAUCCUGCAGCAGUCAUUUCUGCACCCAUUGUGGCGAGUUAGACAUUUGCUUAGGACUUGUAAGGAUCUCUGGUAUAUAAAGAAGAAGUUUCAGAAUGGGAAAACAAAACAGUAAAUUGCGACCUGAAGUUCUACAGGACCUACGUGAAAAUACAGAGUUCACAGACCACGAGCUGCAGGAGUGGUACAAAGGUUUCCUGAAGGAUUGUCCAACCGGACAUUUAACAGUAGACGAGUUUAAAAAGAUCUACGCAAACUUUUUUCCCUACGGAGAUGCUUCAAAGUUUGCAGAGCAUGUGUUUCGCACAUUUGACACAAAUGGUGAUGGAACGAUUGACUUCCGGGAGUUUAUAAUUGCACUAAGUGUGACAUCGCGGGGCAAACUGGAACAGAAGCUUAAGUGGGCGUUUAGUAUGUAUGACCUGGAUGGAAAUGGCUACAUAAGUCGUGGAGAGAUGCUAGAAAUUGUCCAGGCAAUCUACAAGAUGGUGUCUUCUGUGAUGAAAAUGCCAGAAGAUGAGUCUACACCGGAGAAGAGGACAGAUAAGAUCUUCAAGCAGAUGGACACGAAUAAUGAUGGUAAAUUAUCCCUUGAAGAAUUUAUCAAAGGUGCCAAAAGUGAUCCUUCAAUUGUGCGAUUGUUACAAUGUGACCCAAGCAGCACAAGUCAGUUUUAAUGAUUUCUACCAAAACGUACAGUCUCAACCAAACACUGGCUUGUCAAUCAAGCUUUGCUUGCAAGUGAAUGCCUUCUCAGUCAUUCCUCUACUCUUAAGUGGAUAACAACCCCUUGCCAGAUUGUUUUCUAUGUAUAAGGGAAAAAUGGAAA